CCGCGCCUGGAACCAGCCCCGCGGGCCCUGGAGCGCCGUUCCCAGCGGGAAUGCCGGGGGAUAGGGGGGAGGAGAGCCUGGAGGCGCCGGGCGGGCUCGGGAGGGGAUGAUUUGGGUGGGCAGCUGCUUUGGGAGACCCCCCUGCAGUGCCAGGAGGUGACGGACGGACAAACGGACACGCCGGGAGGUGACAGCAGCUCCCCCGGCAUGGCAGCAAAGCGGAUCCCGCAGCUCGUGGGGCCCUCGGGAAGGAUGUUCCACCCGCCGGGCUGCAGGAGGAACUUCCCCAGGGAGCCCGCCCCGUGGUGGGAUGGACCAUGGCCAUGUCCCCCUGAUGGCCCUGAGGACACCUGGGAUGAACCACCCUGGGAUGAACCACCCUGGGAUGAACCACCCUGGGAUGAACCACCCUGGGACAGGCCAGCCUGGGAUGGGCCAGCCUGGGAGCAGCAGCCCAGGAGAUGCCAGCGCAGGAGGCGCCCGCCCAGCCCCAGAGCCUUCCCUGGCACUGGGGACGUCCGGUGGCACGAGGAGGAGGAGGACAGGAGGUGGGCACCCCCCGAGUGCCCCGCGCCACCCCCGUGGGAUGACAGAGCAGCCGUGGCAGGAGCUGAGGAUGGCUUUGGGGAGUGCUGGUACCUGGAUCCACCUCCCGACCCCUGGCCUGAGUACCCCGAGGAGGAGCAGCCCCAGCCCUGGCCCCGCUCCGGCCCUGCAGGGAACCCAGGGAAUUACCACCAACACCGCCGGCCCUGGAGCCACCGCCCGGCCGGGAGACGACGGAGCCACCCCCGGCACCUGCUCCUGGUGCCCCGGGCGUGGUGUCCCCGACCCUCCCGAGGGCACAAGCCACGCUCCAAGCCCUCCUGUCCUGCCCCCUCCAGCAGGAGCCAGCCCAGGGCCAGGAAGGAGCCGCAGCCCCCGGAGCCUGCCCAGCCCCCUGCUCCUCCCCCAGGAGCUGCAGAGAGGCAGGAACAGCCGCAGGAUGUGCCAGUGGGGACUGGGAAUGUUCUGGAGCCCCCCAGUCCGGCCAGGAGCCCUCUGGAGAGCCCAGCUGCUGAUCCUGGUGCUGCAGAGCUGCAGGUGGAGCUGGGAGCUGGGCAGAGCCCUGUGGGCAGCCAGGAUCAGGAUCCCUGUGCUCCAGGAACAGAUCCAGCCCCUCCAGAGGAGACCUCCAGGAAUCCUGAGAUCCAGGAGCACCUUGAGGUGGGGCCCUGCAGCGUCCCCAAGGCUGGCAGCGGUCACAGGUCACAUCCCCAGAGCCCAGCAGCCCCUCCAGACCGUGCCAAGAGGGAAAUCCUGGAAUCCAGCUGCUCUGGGGAGGCAGGGGCUGAGCUCAGCCCUCAUUCCUGGGAACAGCCACCCUGUGGGGCUGGAGAAACUGAGGCAGAAGCUGCCCAGGCUGGGCCUCUGCAGAGCCUUCAGCCUCCUGAAAACCCUCAGCUUCCUCCAGCAUCUGCAGCAGAACCCAAAGCUCAGCCCAGCCAAGCUUCUCCUGGUGCCUGCACCCCACCAGAGACCUGCCCGGGGUCCCAGUGCCCACCUGGGGCUGGUGACACCAAUCUGGCUGUGUGUGCCCAGCAGCAGCUCUGCCCAGAGCUCCCCACGCCAUUCCCAGCUGGCAUCGACUCCCGCUCUGCUGCUGUCCUCAGAAGGAAGGCAAAGAUCGAGCUGUCGUACCAGCAGUUCAGCCUGAGCAUCGCCGUGGUGGCCACGAUGCUGCUGCACAAGGAGCCCUCGAUGGAGGCGGCGCUGGGGGUGGCGCUCAGGGCCAACCUGCGCCAGGGCCGCCUGCAGCACCUGCAGCAGCUGGAGGAGUUCAUCGACAGCCUCGACUCCACGGGCUCCCCCAGCCUCUGAGGGCAGCCAGCCCUCCUGCCCUGUGCCAGGGCUGUGGCAGCGCCCUGGGGUGCUCAGGAGGCUGCUGAGCCUGCGGGGUGAGGUGGGAGGUGUUGGCAGCCCCUUGGAGGAGGGAGGGUGAGCAGGAUGUGUUUGGUUUUAGCCCUGCCCCACAGCCCUGAGGGCAGCAAAAGUGUUACUAGUUUUACUGCAGGGAGGGCAGCAGUGCCCGUCCUCCUUUGCUGAUUGCCAGGAAUGUGUCCCCAAACCCCAGCGAGUGGUUUUGGGUUUAAAUCUGCAAAUAA